UUUGUCACGCUGACGCUUGUUGUCACAUUUAAAAUUUUAAACAAACGGUUUCCCCGUGUUAAAAAGAAAUGGAAAUAGAAGCAGUGAAAGUUGAUGAUGUCUUGGAAAUAUUUAACACAAUUCAGCAGAGCUCCGGAGCCCACUUACACUAUGCCACAAUACUGAAAAAUGCCCUUAGUAAUGAAAACGACAGCGAACUGUUCAGCACAUUUUGCAAGUGCGUCGAGAAGGCGUUUUGCGGCAGUUGCAAGGAGGAUAUUUACAAUGGGAGAAUUUUUAGUUUUGUGCUCGUGCUAGCCGCGACAUUUCACCCAAAAAAAGACGAUGUCAUACACCCUGUCUUAAGAAAGAUCAUUCAGCAUCUUAUUGCUCUCUCGUACUUGGACAAUGAGCCGCUGCGUUUCUGGUCGUGUAAGUUAAUAAAUGGGAUAAUGAAAAAUGUGGAUGAAAUUGACGACGAGCUGUUUGAAGAAUUCAAAAACGCAAUGAUCGAACGGCUCAAGGACCCUAAGGUGGCUAUAAGAGGUCAAGCCAUACUUGCAGUGCAUCGCCUACAGGACCCUUCAGACAAAAAUGACCCCAUUACUCGUCAGUUGUGUACUUACAUUAAUUCCGAUUCAAAUGGCAAAUUGCGUCAGGUGUGUGUAGAAAAAGUCGCGAUAAAUAAACAUGUCCUUACUCUGGUUUUGGAAAGGUUGAGAGACAUUAAUUUAGAUGUUAGACUGGCAGCCUUUGAAAAAAUACGUUUACUGAUCAAAUAUUUGAAUUUGUCUCAGCGGCAUUAUAUUCUGCAAUGUGGGUUUAAUGAUCCAUCACAAAAAGUCCACGACUUUGUUUCAACUGACUUGAUGAAAAGUUGGUUGGAAUUUUGCAAUAAUGAUUACGUGAGGCUAAUUAAUACAAUCAGAUUGGACGCUAGUGAAGACGAUAUUGAAAAAACAACUAUUUAUGCUGAACAGAUGUUGCGGGCGUUGUUUAAAAACGCACCAGUUAAUGACAUCACGUCUUGUCUUUUAAGUCAGUACUUAAAUGAACAAAAAUUAAUAGAAUAUGAAAAACUCAACUGGGAUAUCAUCUUGUACUAUCGCAUUGUCGUGCAAUUUUUGCGCCAGUCUCCGGAAUUUGAAGAAACUUUGAACAGUAUUUUGCCCGAAUUGGUUCUAUUUUGUAAAUAUAUCAGGGGGUAUAUUGAGUUUAUUAAAACAAAACAGGAUUUGGAUGAAUUGGAAUAUCAUUUCACUCUAAAACAAUUUUUUAUUAUCACUGAAACAUACGAUGUCAGUGAUAGCGCAAGCCGCCAGUGCUUGAAUUCACUAGUGCAUGACGCCCUAAAAAAAGAAGUUUUACCAACAAGUGUGGAAGAAACAAUCGUGCGCAAUUUGGAGAAGACGUUCCCUGAUACAAACACUCGAUUGGUUUUCGUCUGCGAGAUAAUAUCUGAUAUUUUUUACGGCGAGGACGAAAUGUCUUUUGAGGAGUUUAAAAGACAGGAGAUGGAGAAGAGCCACACGAUUUCGCAAUUAAAAUCGGACAUCGCCUUGUUAUCAGAACAGGAAAAAUACUGCGCAUCUGUUGAAAAAAAUUAUUCAGAGGCUGCACGCCUACGAGCCGAAAUUGACGAGAAACAAGCUUUCUUAGAGAACGUGCAAAAGGUGCAAGAAAAGCCAGAAGUGGAGAAAAAGACAGACGUGGGAACAAUGCUGAAAUGUUUGACCAUCACAGAAUCGCUUUUGCUUUCUCCCAAAGUGCAGUACACUCCCACGAUUGCCACCUUGACCACCGAACACAUAAACCCCGCUAUGCUACAUGAGGACAAAGUAGUGCAAGCGAAAGCUCUCAAAUGCUACGCCUUGUGUUGUCUGAUAGACAGAAAAUGUGCAAUUCACGGCAUCCACUUGUUUUCUUCUUUCAUUAUUACGUCCGUCCUUGCCAAAGACAGCGAAAUUCUGAAGCUUAGCUUGCAAGCCGUCACUGAUAUUUUGAUCUUAUAUGGAACAAGUUUCGUUGAGGAAAAAGGCGAAGAAAAUGGGGAGUCCCAACCGACAAACACUUGCUUUAUCGGGGGCACCUCUUUGACAGCGCUUAUUGAAGCAAUGACCAACUACAUGCAAGACGAGGAUCCGGGAAUUGAAGAGACCGCUACCCGUUGCAUAUGCAUAUUGUUGUUGCGAAACCGCCUCACUUCAUCAUCCGUUUUAUCGGCACUUAUCAUAAAGUGGGCAAAUCCGGCAACAACCAAUGAGGGCGUUAAACAAAUCAUAGGUCAUACGUUGCAGUCGCUUACAGCUUUACCAAACUGCGAAUAUUUUGCCGAUGCGGUGUUGAGUACAAUUAGGACUAUAGUCUAUGCUCCUGGCAAGAGCCCUUUAUGUGAUAUUGAUACUGACAAUAUUACUAAAUUUAUGGUAACUUUAUGUAAAAUGUCCUCUCAGGGCACUAAAAUUCUAGCUGAUUUAGCGUUGAAGAUGUGUAAUCAAAUGCGUGAAAAGCCGAAACUCAAAAUAAAUCCCUAUUUUGCCAAAGCUCUCACAAUGAUGGAUUUAUCACAGAGUGAGAGACUGAACAGUAUUUUAUUUAUAUGUAACGAAUUGCAAGAGGUUGUGGAUAAGCAAAGUUCAAAAAAUAUCAAAAAGUUUAUUACAAACGCAAGUAAAAACGUUAAAUUGGCCUCUAUUUCUGAAGAAUAAAUAAGUGCAAUUAGGUGAGUCUGCUAAGGUGUAUUUCUACUAUCUCAAACAAACAAGAAUAAUAAUCACAAGAAUUCAGCGUUUGCAAUUAAGUUUUUAUAUUUUUCUCUAUGCAUUCAAAAAUCCGUAAAAAUGUCACCCCAAAAAAUAAUAGGAUAAGUACAAAUUAAUAAUAAAAUUUCGAUUAAACAUAACUGGUGCUAGCAAUAAUUUUAUCGAAAGUUUUUGCUCAAAACAUUAUUAAGCUUCGUUGUGUCCAUUAAUUCAUAUUUUUAUUUUAUUGAUAUUAAUAUUUUUUAAAAUUAAUUUUAAUUAUAAGGAAAAAUACACAUGCAUAGAAAAAAUACUUUUAGCAGACUGACCCCGUAUUCAUCAAUCGAUAGAUAUUUAUUACUUAUUUACAUAAUUAUUGAAUAAAAAACUAAGUAAACGAA